GACCACACCGACGAGGUGAUGCGACGCUGCGAGGAGAUCAGCACGAAGCUUUAUGGACAGCUGGGUGCCAGCAAGCUGGACCCCACUGGGGGCCCCGUGCGCGUGGCCGAGACGUACCAGCAGGUGGACCAGGCCCAGCUGAUCGAGGCGUGCGGCGACACCGCGCGGUACCUGAAGCCCUACCAGCUGGUGGGCAUCAACUUCCUCAUGCUCCUCUACCGCCAGCGCAUCGGCGGCGCCAUCCUGGCGGACGAGAUGGGGCUGGGCAAGACGGCACAGGUCAUCUCCUACCUGGGCGCCAUCCGCAGCCUGGACGGCGACGCCGGGCCGCACCUGGUCAUCGUCACCGCGUCGCUGCUGGAGAACUGGCAGCGCGAGUUUGCACGCUGGUGCCCGGGUAUGCGCGUGGUACCCUACUACGGCAAGCACCGCAAGAUCGUGCGGGCCCGCCUGAAUACACUCAGGGAGCGGAUGGCUCGUGGCGAGGAGGUGGACGACGACCUCUCCGACCUCACCGACCCCAUUGCCCUGGAGGAAACCGCGCGCAGCGAGAAGGCUGCGGCCGACGAAGCAGCACCCUUUGAUGUCAUGCUCACGUGCUACACCCUCUUUGAGCGGGACGGGCCUGCCCAGCGCCAUGAUCGCCCUUUCCUGGAGAGCUGGCAGUGGAGCCACCUGAUCAUGGACGAGGCCCAUGCCCUGAAGAACGCGGAGACCGUGCGCUCCCGUCGCCUCAGCAGGCAAGGCCUUGGCCCGGGGGUGGUGGCACUGGGUGGGGACCAGAUCGUACUGGAACCAACAUGGAAGGCCCUUCCCUUCCCCAGCUGA